AUGUCCAUCCCCAAUCUCCCUUUCAAGGUUAAGACAACCUUCUCCUGGGCGGGCGAAGAGGAAGGUGACUUGGGUUUCAUAGAAGGUGAGAUUGUCGAAGUUUAUUCAGUGGUGGAUGAAAGCUGGUGGAGUGGUAAGCUCAGAAGAAAUGGAGCCGAGGGGAUUUUCCCUAGAGACUACGUGACCAUAAUGGAAGAUCAGUUCGGCAUGUCCACCUCGUCAAAGACAAACACCCCAACGCCAACUAUGCCCAGCACCCCCACCAAAAGUCCAAUGCAGUACAAGCUGCCUAACACGUCCUUCACGGCCGCUAAUACUUCGUAUUCGGGCUACAGUGGGAAUGGUAAGCUGCAGAAGGCUCCCAUGUCUGCUUCCAAAGGUGGAGCAUACCCUAGAUCUCCAGGUCAGGGCCACGGCCAGACCAUGAGUGACCACUACCAUCAAAACGAAUUGUUGCAACUUCAGCAGCGAGAACUUGAGCUAGAGAAAUUCAGGUUGUUGAAACAGCAGCAGCACUACCAAGUGAAAAAGCUUCAAGAACAGCAUAAGAGGAUGUCCUAUCAGCAACAGAACGCCCAUUCCUCGUCUUCUUCUUCUCCACCCUUGCCCCCAUCUCAAUUGACUAAAUCCCAAUCUGCAUCUAGAAUUAAACAGAGCCAAAGUCAAACCUUUCCUGCUAAAUCGUACAAAUCCAAUUCCAACGUGGACCUAUCCAUUCAAACAAAAUUCAAGCCGCCUCCGUUGGCUCAUAGCAAUACAAUUGAAAGCUACUCUCCUGUGCACUCGCCAAAGAUCAUUUCUCCUCGUGAUCAGAUGUUGUUUGCUGACAUCGAUGAUGACGAAAUCACUAACAAGAGAAAGCAAUUGGAAAGAGAAUUAAAGCAAUUGAAGCUCAUUGAAAAAAGCAGAAAACUGCAAUAUGGUAAGCCUGCUUCAGGAUCUAGAAGGUCUAACGGGGACAUUUCUAAUGAAUCGUCCUUUAUCAGCGAAGGAGUCAUGAGCUCUAAGAAGAAUUACCGCUCCAGAGAUGACCUAAGCAAGAAGUUGAGUUGUGACUUAAAUGAACAAGAAGUGGUUGAGGUGUACGACGUAGAUGGCGAUUACCAAGAUGCGCAUAACGUCGAAGAAGAAGAUGAAGACGACGCUCCUCCUCCGCCUGUUCGUAAAUCAAUCCCAACUCAUAAAUCCAUGAGCAACAUCAAUAGAAGUCUAAACCAGCCCCAGAAACACCAUGAAUCUCCAUACGACGCUGAUGACUUUAGAUUCUCAGAUGAAGAAUUACUUCGUCUUUCUCAAAUUCAACAAGAAGAGCUCAAAAACUCGAUCAAGUCUCUACAAAGUGAUGUCUUAAACUUAUCUGAGCUAAGUGCUACCAGUGCCGGCUCCUUUAUGAGACAUAAGUAUGAAAAUGAACUAAUAAAGCAGAAUGGACAAAUUCCUGAAAUUGCAGAGAAACCUGAACCAAUCCCUAAAGACAAUCAAGACGUUUUAGAAACCAUAUUCCAAGAGAAGAAGUCCGGAAAGCAUUCAAAUAUCUUUCAAAAGCUAUUGAAAAAGAAAUCAGAAAGUGGAGAAAACUUGAUCGAGCAAAAAUUAUUACUGAAACAAGGAAUUGAUGACCCUUCAUCUAUUGACUGGACUACAUUUAAGUCUGACUUAAACAGGAUGAAUUCCUUAACAACUCAAUCCAAGCAGGCUCGUACUAAAAGAAUUGUCAGGAAUGAACGCUCACUUAUCAUCAAACCCUUAGAAUUUGUAUCUGACAUUAACACCAAUGAAGUCUUGGGUGAAAUUGAUGAAGAGAAAUGGGAAAGCUCUGCUUACGGCGGUUCUUCCCUCCGCAAAAUAGAUUCUUUCGUGAGUAAGUAUGACAUUUCUACUGACUUGAAUGAAUUUAUAGCUGAUGUUAGCGUCAAGUUAAGUGGCUCUAGGUUAUCUCAAGUUAGAGCCGUAUUAUUACAACUUAUAAAGUUUAGAAUUAUUGAGGAGGAAAUAGAGGAUGGUGGGAAGAUUCUGCAACAAAAGCCAAAAUUGCAAGAAUUGAUGUCUAAAGGAGAAGGUUCCAUUUAUCAAAUGAAUUAUUUAUUCAAAAAGAUGUUGGAUGCUUUGAGAAUCCCAUCAGAGAUAGUACUAGGUUUUUGGAAGCGUCCUAACGAAUUUUAUCACAAUGAGCAGUAUGUUUUAAACCAUUGUUGGUUGCUGAUAUUGUUAGAUGACCAAUUUUUCAUAAUGGAUAUGUACAACUUUGCUCAUGGGGAAAUUUGUAACGUCCUUGAAGAAAAGUACAAUGAAUUUUACUUCUUAGCAAGACCAUUAUCUGUGGUUUCAACUCAUAUUCCUUCAAUUAUCGAUUUGCAACAUGUUGUUCCACCAAUUGAUCAAAACAUUGCAUUUUACUUACCCAGGAUGUAUUCUGGAUUUUAUAAAAAUAAUCUCAAGUUUGGAAACUUCAACAAUGCAUUAACAAGGUUGACCGACUUGGAAUUUUUUGAACUAGAAUUGGAGAUCCCAACCGAUGUUGAGAUUUUCACAUUAAUCAAGACAUCUAAGGUGACCACCAAUGAACUAACCUUAGCCCAGGUUUACUGGACUUCGAACACUAGAAUAGCCAAAAUCAAGGCAAUAUUACCAGAGAAUGAAUCUAUUGGGGUAUUGCAGAUAUUUUCAGGACCUAAGGGUUUGCAGAAGCAUUUUGACAACAUUCAUGAAUUGUCCAUUGUAAUCCCAUUGUACCAUUCUGGAUCAUACAAGCCUUGCAAAUUUGUACCCAGGUUUCCCACAGUUCAAAGUCAAAAUAAUGAUUUGUACAUAAAGCAACCUCAAACUAACAAGAUAAUUGUUAAAAAUGCAUAUAACUUUGAAAUAGUACAACAUCCAUCCCAGGGUUUAAAUACUGGACUGGGGGUCAUGAAUUUAGACUUUAAACUUGUUAUUGAGUCACCUUCUGGAAAAUAUUUUAAAUUGAACAAAUUGGAUCAGUCCAAACCAUUUGGUACUUUUGAAAGUAAUAUCAAGUGUUCCGAACUCGGGUUCUAUAGAGGUCUUGUCAUAGGCGAUAAUGGCACCAGCUGGUAUGUAUUUGCUCAAUGGGAAUGCGUACCAGGGUUAAUAAAGAAUUAA